AUGAAAGAAUCAGAAAGUGUAAUCAACACAAUAGAAGAAACAUAUCGUAUAAUAGUUCCUCAAUCGUCUAAAUUGAAGGCAUGUUUUGCUACCUCAAAACUGAUUUAUGAAAGAAAGAUCCUUUAUCAUACGCCGAAUUUAUGUAUGAAACACAGACCAUUGAAACAUAAAGAUAUUGAUGUAUUACAUAAUCGGAUAUUGAAUAAGCAUAAUGAAAUUCUAUUACUUAAUAUUAACUUAUUUAAACAUCAUUUUCUGACAGAUAUUAUGAAUGAAAUAGAUAAUCCAAAUGGUAUUAUAACCUUCCAAGGAACUUUACGAAAAAAAUAUCCUUCAUUGAAUUAUUAA